AUGCAGCCGUUCAGCAUCCCUGUUCAAAUUACCCUCCAGGGCGGCCGGAGAUGCCAGGGGAGGCCAGCCUUUUCUACCUCAGGGACGAGGAGAAACACAGACCGCAAUGCUCGAGACCCACCAGACGUGCACAGGAAGCUGCCAUCCAGUGCUGGAGAGGACCGGGCCAUGCUGCUAGGGUUUGCAAUGAUGGGUUUCUCUGUCCUAAUGUUCUUCGUGCUUGGAGUAACCAUCCUGAAGCCCUUCUUGCUCGGCACUCAGAGAGAAGAAUCGAACUGCACUAUCAUUCAUGCGUAUGUCAUGGACCACUGGAUGGACUGUGCAUUUUCCUGUGGGAUGGACUGCCGAGGUCAGGGCAAGUACCCGUGUCUCCAAGUGUUUGUGAACCUCACCCAUUCAGGUCAGAAAGUGCUCCUACAUUAUAAUGAAGAGGCUGUCCAGAUAAAUUCCCAGCGUGAUGUUACAGACUGCAAAGUUAAAGCAGACAUUGACAGUUUCUGA